GCCAGGAGCAUGCCUUCCCCAAGGCAUCAAGCAAAGGCACACUCGCUGUAUGUGGGGUGUUGGGAAGGUGCGAUGUUGGCGCGGUUAUCACAGGUGCAUUUGGGUCGGGUCAAAGCGUUUGUGAACUUCCACGCUGGUGUGAAGCUUCUACUAUGCUAUUAAGUUUGUUUCACCACCGACCUUUUUCAAACCACUUAUAGCUGUACUGUCCUUGUGUCUUCCGAAACGGCACAUCUCUAUUCUUUGAAUAUAACGAGCCAUCAACGCAACGAGACGAUGGCUCACAGCUUUCCCACCCCCAAAUUCAUCACGGGCGGCUGCUUCUGUGACUGCCUCCGCUACCGUGUCGAUUUUCCACAAGAUCACAAUUUUCAGGCUUCUUCCAACACCUGCCAAUGCACGCACUGCCGCAAGCAGACCGGCUCACUCUUCGUCAGCGUGCACAUGGUCACACCAGCCAGUACCUCCUUUUACUUCAUCACCGACACUCGCACUCUCCAAGCCAACCGCAUCAACGAAACCGCCGAGUAUCUUAUCUGCAAAUGCUGCGGCUCGUUUAUCUGCUGGCGAUUGACCUCGGCGUGGACCGACCUCGUCUGCUUUACCGUGGGGACGGUCGAUCCGCUGUAUCUGUUUGGCGAGGGCGCCGACGGUGUUGAGGUGCCCUGGGAGGGGUUUGGCAUGGCUUUAGCGAACGGAGGCGGGACUCAUUUAUACUGCAUGAACGAAAUCAGGGGAGUUACGGAUGAGAUCGAGAUACUCGGAAGGUGA